UUACAAAUGGGAAAUAUUUUUUAUGUUUUCCAUCAAAAACAAGACGUGGAAAUGGACAAUGAUAACAACAAAGAAAUGGUGGCGAAUACCGGUAAUAAAAUAUUAUUAAGUGAGAUAACACAUAAUGGCGAGGGAGAACACAAAGCGAAAAUAGAAGUUAAAACUUCAACUAAAGAUCCGAAAAAACUGGAGUUGGAAGUUCGUACCAAAGACAACGAAAGUGAGUCAAGAGUUUCCGAAAUUGCUGAAAAUUUUUCAGUACACUUAGAUGAAGGAGAGAAUCCUGAAUUGGUUAUGCAGUUCGAACAACGCUCAAGCGGAGAAAUCAAUAUAGACGAUGUUUUGGAAGAUAUACAACAUCCGACAUUAAUUACUGAACCACCGAGCGCAGCAGCAUCGCCACCACAAAUAACAGAAGUUCCAGCUGAAGAAACUAUUGAUAUCGUGGAACUAAAUGAAGAACAACAAUCAACAACUGAAGUUACGCAAGAACAACAAGUCGAAACAACUUCUGUUAAAAUUGAAGAAUUUGCAGAAGCCGUCCAAGAAAGUGCGAAUAACAUCUUUUCAAUGGAAAUUGAUACAGAAGAUAUUUCAGCUCCUCUACAAGAAAAUGUUUUUCCGGCCCCAGAAAAAAAAACUACUUUAGACGUAAUGGAAAUUGUUCCACGGGAAGUUGAACGAGCUUCCACUGCAACUUUAAUUAAUGAGGGAAUCGUUCCUGUUAGCGAGAAAAUUCAAUCCCAUCGAGAGAUAUCAAAAAAAAUUACAGAAGAGCCCAAUAAUUUACAAUUAUCGCAACCAAUAAUUAUCAUUGAUUAUAAGAAUAUUGAAGAACUAGAAGCUAAAUGUGUAAAUCUACCUGAAAAAAUUAAGGUAGCAGCCAAAAAGAGAGGAAGAAAACCAAGGAUCCACGCAAAAGCCACUCGUAAACCGAAAGAAAAAGACGUUGAGGAAAAUACGGCGAUUAUCAAGCCUCCAGCAAAGAGGCGUCGGGCAAGAACAAAAAAAAAUCGCUCACAAAAAAGACGAAAAAUCAUAAAGAGCGUGCUGAAGGUUGAGAAUGCCGUUGAUGAAGAAAAAAUUGCAAUACAAGAAGAAAAAGUUGAGAAAGAAAAAGCUAUCGUAGCACAAGAAGAAAACAGCGAGAAAGUUACUGUAACACAAGAAAACAUCGAGAAAGAAAAAGAUAUUGUUACACAAGAAGAAAAGAACGAGGACGCAAAAGUUACUGUUACACAAGAAGAAAAGAACGAGAAAGAAAAAGUUGUCACUCCAGCUCCUGAAGAAAAAGCCGCAAUUGAAACUGAAAAAACGACGGAGCACCCUUCUCGAGAGCAACUUGUCUUAGAGGUGCCUCAAGAAACUACUCAAAAACAUAUUGAUAAGCUCGCUGUUAAAGAAAACGAACUCACACUUCCGGAAACAGUAUAUUCCAAAGAGCUAUACUUUGAAAUUCCAAUUCAUCAAUCUUCACAAGAAUUUAUUACUGAAUUUUCUACGACUGUAAAUACUAUACAAGGCAAUAACACAUCAUCUCAAAGAUCUGUGACCACUCAAACAGAAAAUUCAAGAAUUAUCACACACAGGUAUCAAGGACAAGUGAAGAUGCAAACGAGCGAUGAAAAUAGAUGUGAUAUCAAAGAAGAUUUACUAAUUUCAAUUGAAGCUGAGACACCCACAAGUCAAUCUUCGCUAUCACCGAGCAAAUUUUCUUCGCACACAAAAAUUUUGUUACGUAAAAAGCAAAUUCAAAG